CCGGCGUACGUCGGCACGCACAAUAUGCGUGAGGGAUAGAAGAUCAAUUGAAGCUUUAAUCUUAUACAGUGGAAGCUUUAGCCGUAUACAGUGUUUAUACUAGGUAAAUUAAGGCUACAAUCGUAAGUUAGUGAGUCCAUCAAAUCAGCGAGUUCAUGAUGAUUUUCAAAGCGGCUGAUUGGAAGUUCUAUUUGAUAUGUCUCAUAAUGUUCUCAUGUGCGCUGUAUUACACACUAUCGACAGAUAGUGCGAAUGUGUCUGCUGAGUAUAGUAACAAGUACGUAGAUAUCAGGAUCGACUCCGUUAUCGAAUCUACUGCUGAUGUUUUGCAAGAUCAAACUCAAAAAGAGAGCGUCGAUGUUCCAGACUUGGUCGCAAAUGAGAAUCUACAGGCUGACAUAGCAAGCAACUCGCAAGAGAAAUCAGGGUCUGUCCAGGUCUUCUCUGAUCUGACUGUUGACUACAAAGUGCACGUACUAGAACCUGAUAUCGAAGGUAUUCUGAUUGCACCUCUGACUAUUACUGCUGACGGAAGAGCGGCGAUCCGACGAACGUGGGGCGCGGGGUUGACCAAUCGAUUGUUUUUCCUGGUGGCGAAGAACAACGGCUCAUGGCCCGAAGAUGAGUACAAUCUUUACAAGGACAUUGUUCUAAUCGAUUUGGAGGAAAAAUGGGGCAGAGCAGUUGCGGUCAAGUCUAGGGUAUGGUUCGCCAUCAGUUCGAAAUACUGGACUACAAAAUGGGCCGUCAAAACAGAUGAAGACUCUUAUUUAUUUUAUGAUCGUAUGUUAAAGCAACUAAAGCGGACACAUGCAGAUUACUGGGGCCGUCUGUUUCUCCACUCAGUGCCAUACCGUCAGAACACUACUAAGUACUAUCUUUCAGAAGAUAUGUAUCCUCGCGAUGAUUUCCCUCCUUAUCACAGCGGGGUUGGGUACGCGGUCUCUUUGCGAGCACGUCAGUGUAUGGCUAAAGUAAUGCCGAAUAUCAUAUAUAUGCCUCGAGAGGACGUUGGUACGGGGCUCAUGAUCGAGGCGUGUAAAUUCCAUGCCACACAUGCCGGAAAUGGAAGAGUUCUGUUGAAUUAUCGCGAGAAUUAUGUCAAAGACAACUUGGUGGUUCACCACGGGUUGAAAAAGAAAGGUGAGAUGGACGACUACCAUGCGAAGGUAUUGCGCGCGCGGAAAGCGUGAUCACAUGUGAUAGUGUCCCAGAACGAUUAAUUAUACAGGUGUUCGGAUAGCGGAGACUAGUGACGAGUCGCGAUCGCUGUCUUCUCUAACGCCAUCUUUAAUGAGUGGUAAGGGAGAUUGCUAGCACUAUUUGGCUGACGAACCGAGCGGAGUGUCUGCCCCGUAACAAGAGAGGUCGCAAUCCAUUGGACAGUUCAGUCGGUGAGGAAUGACACCCACGUACAAAUGUGAGUUAAAAAUCGACCUACAGUAUCUGAAAUAAGUAUGGCCGCUAUGUCUGAGUUGGCGAUGUGUUGGACAGAGCAUAUAACGCGCAUUUACCAUCGGAAUUGUACUAAUGUUGGAAUUGGCCAACAACUACAGUCGCCGCAUAUAUCAUUUCACCAAAUCAGACCGAUGUAGAGAUAGAGGACAUUCUGUAGAUUUGACACAACGCGGGAACAUAUUUAUACAUCGCGUCCGUGCGCAUUGGGAUGAGGAAAUCUGUGACUACUAUGGGGUUAAGCUUCGGAUAGGAGAAAAAUCACAAUCGACGCACCCACAUAUAGUUUAGACUUCGCUUUUCCUUUUGCAUAGCUCUUGAAGACUUCGCUUUCCCUCCUGCAUAGUCCUUGAUUGCGUCGCAUUUUUGCGAAAGAAAGUACUGAUACAAAGCCGAAGUUAAUACAUAGGGCAGUCCACACUAAGAGAAAUAAACUCUUUUCAAAAGACAAUGCGCGCUUCGUGUACCUCUGUAUCGGGCUUCUAGGUUUUGCUCUUUAGUCAUUCUUUCAAUGUGACGCUUUCAUACGUGAUGAAUCUCCACACAGGCAUGAAAUCCUCAUAAAUUGGUCGGCGAAUUAACCAACUAAAUCAAGUCAGCUUUAUCUACAUCAAAAGAAAAGACACGGGCAAAUAUAGCAUACGCUAUUUACAUUUUCGCAGAAUUUGUCCGGUAUACAAUUUGGCCAGGACUACAACUACGCAGCUCCGCUCACCUUCGUCAGAACUUGAAACUUGACGCUCCCGUGAUCACAAUAGCUGCCGAAUCUAAUCUAUGCCAAUAGCCCAAUAGCAUUUUAAGACCUAAAAAUUACAACAAAUCAUAGUACUGAUGUGUUCUGUCAAUUCCUUACUAUUGAUAUGCCCUGAACCCCUUAUUAUUGAAUUUUUUAAACCCAAAGGUUGGCAGAGGUUCUAGAGCGGUACAAUCGUAAGGAGCGUAAUUUUACUGUAAAGACCGCUCAAAAGUACCCCUGAGUUGUAGCAAGUGUAGCAAG